UUCAUUUUUAUCGGAAUGUCGAAGGUUCGAACUCCGAACUUACUGCAUAAAAAAGUGAUUUGAUUUUUUCGAUAGCUUCAAUCGUAAACAAUUCUUGUUCAAUUUUGAUUGAUCAUUGCUCUAAAAAUAUAAAAAAUGUCUGAGGAAAUAACGUUAAACGUUCUAACACUCAACUGUUGGGGUAUCCCAUAUGUAUCGAAAAAUCGCAUUGAUCGAAUGAAUGCCAUUGCUGAAAGACUUAAUGAUGAAAAUUAUGAUAUAGUCUGUUUACAAGAAAUUUGGUCUAUUAAUGAUUUCCGUUUAAUAAGAUCAAGAACUCAAGAAAAACUACCUUACUCUCACUAUUUUUUCAGUGGUGUUGUUGGUUCAGGGGUUUGCAUAUAUUCUCGAUAUGCAAUUGAAGAUGUAAUGUUCCAUAAAUGGCCUUUAAAUGGUUAUGUCCAUAAAGUUCAACAUGGUGAUUGGUUUGGUGGUAAAGGAGUUGGACUGUGUAGAUUAAAUGUUCAGAAUUAUAACGUUAAUAUUUAUGUGGCUCAUCUACAUGCUGAGUAUUGUAGAGAAAAUGAUGAAUACAAUGCUCAUCGAGUUAUGCAAGCCUUUGACACUGCUCAAUUCAUCAGGAUGACUAAAGGUGGGGCUGAUGCUGUGAUAUUAGGUGGAGAUCUAAAUACAGAGCCACAAGAUUUAGCUUAUAGAAUAAUUUGUGGAGUUGCUGGACUAACUGAUACUUGUGCGAGAAGCUCUGACUGUUUGGGGACCAAUGAGUGUGCCAAAAAUAGUUAUACUAGCUCAAAUAUAUCAAGAAAAUCUCCUCAAGGAAAGCGAAUCGAUUAUAUUUUAUACAUGGGCUCAAAAAAAUGUCAAGUUGAAGUUAGUGAUUUUCUUCAUCCAUUUCCAAGUAGAGUUCCAGAUAUGAAUUUCAGCUAUUCUGAUCAUGAGGCAAUUAUGGCCAGUUUAAAACUCAAGAAAGGUUCUCAAAAUGAAGCUGACAAUAUUGAUGUAAGAGAUUCUUUAAAAGAAGCUAUGAGCAUUUGUGAAGCAGCACUGUCAAAUGUACAAAGACAACGAAUAUGGUAUUUGUUGGCUAGCUUUGUUAUAGUUAUUCCUUUGUUACUCUCAAUGGGUUUAGAUUAUCUUGUAUCAAAUAUUGGCAUUAGCAUUGGAUUCAAUUUUUUAAGACUUUUAUUAACAGCACUUUUAUGUUACUCUUUGUUUAUGAGUUCUUUAUGGAAUAAGUUAGAGCAAAAUGCAUUGAAAGCUGGGUGUUCUGCAAUGGAAAUUCAUUUAAUGAAGCUAAGUAAUAACUAUAAUGGUCAUGUCAGUCGCCACCAACCAACUCAGUUAAUAUAGCUCAUUUAGACAGAAUAUUUGCCAAAAGUAAAAUAAGAAUUAAGAAAUAUCAAUUUUGAAUAACUAUAAAAUAAUUUUUGCUUCCUGGUGACAUUAAAUUUUUAAUCAUGUUAUAUAUUUUUGCGUAAUUUUUCCUUUUUGAUAUUGUGUAUUAUUUGAAUUAUCCGAUAGCUAAAUAUAUUUGAUUACUUUUCAUUUCCAAAGAUACAUAAUAUUAAGAAAAAAAUUAAAAAAGAAAAUAUUAUUUUUUAAUAAAAAUAUGAAAUAUGACUAAUAAAUAAAUUAAAAUAUUCUAAAUGAAAUAUAUAUAUA